UGGUAUCGAUAGCUGCUGCCCUGACUGCUCCAGCUACAGGCUCCGCUCCCAUUGGCUGCCUGAAGAGGGCUCUCAGCAGAUAUAAGUGGGUCUGCCUUGUGUGCACGGUACUGUUGUCUGUGAACUGACAAGGAGCAGGACUGUGUCUGCGCCAUGACAACUGAUGUAGGUGGAUAUUCACUACAUUAUCACAGCUCUGAAUACUAGGAACAAAACGGCAUCCUCCUGGCCUGUGGGGGACCUUCCUGCAGCAGUGUGUCUGUGGGAUGGAUGCUGCUGAGUUCAGAAAGAGAGGGAAGGAGAUGGUGGACUACAUUGCUGACUACUUAGAAACCAUUGAGCAGAGGGAGGUGUAUCCUGAUGUGCAGCCAGGAUAUUUGCGGUCCCUCAUCCCAAAUGAGGCUCCUGAGGAACCUGACGCCUAUGAAGAUGUUGUCAGGGACAUUGAGAGGGUGAUCAUGCCUGGGGUGACGCACUGGCAUAGCCCUUACUUCUAUGCCUACUUCCCCACGGCUAACUCUUAUCCUGCUAUGCUGGCGGACAUGCUCUCUGGUGCUAUUGGGUGUAUUGGCUUCUCAUGGGCUGCCAGUCCAGCCUGCACUGAGCUGGAGACCGUCAUGCUGGACUGGUUGGGCAAAAUGCUCAAUCUCCCGGAUGACUUCCUGGCCGGAACCACUGGACUGGGUGGGGGUGUUAUUCAGGGCACUGCCAGCGAGGCCACGCUCGUAGCUCUGCUGGCCGCUCGCUCCAGGAUCGUCCAGAAGAUCCAGGCCGACAGUCCAGAACGCGAAGAGCUAGACAUCAUAUCCAGACUGGUAGCCUAUUCCUCUGAUCAGGCACACUCAUCAGUGGAGAGGGCGGGGCUUAUUGCUGGAGUGAGGAUGAAGAAGAUACCCACAGCAGUAAGUAAGAAGUUUGCAGUCCACGGAGAGACAUUCAGUGCUAUGCUGAAGGAAGACAAGGAGGCCGGACUCAUUCCUUUUUAUUUUUGUGCCACGCUUGGCACCACCCCAUCCUGUGCCUUUGACUGCAUUACUGAACUGGGUCCCAUAUGUAAAGCAGAGAAUAUGUGGAUGCACAUUGAUGCUGCAUAUGCGGGGAGUGCCUUCAUUUGUCCAGAAUUUAGGCCUCUUCUGAAUGGUGUAGAGUUUGCAGACUCCUUCAACUUCAAUCCUCAUAAGUGGCUUCUGGUGAACUUUGACUGCUCUGCCAUGUGGGUGAAGAAGCGAGCAGAUAUCAUUGGGGCUUUCAAAAUGGAUCCCCUGUACCUGAAACACGAUCACCAGGAAUCAGGGCUGGUCACAGACUAUAGACACUGGCAGAUCCCGCUGGGGCGUAGGUUCCGCUCUCUGAAGAUGUGGUUUGUGUUCCGCCUGUACGGACUCAAGGGCCUACAGGCGUACAUCCGAAAGCACGUGGAACUCGCCAAGGAGUUUGAGAGGCGGGUCCGAGAGGACCAGCGCUUUGAGAUCAGCGCAGACGUUGUUCUGGGCCUGGUCUGUUUCAGGAUGAAGGGGUCAGACGAAAAGAACAAGACGCUGCUGAAAAGGAUAAAUGCCGCCCGCAAGAUCCACCUGGUGCCCUGCCAGCUGGCCGGCGGCUUUGUUCUACGCUUCGCCGUCUGCGCCCGGACCACAGAGUCCCGCCACGUGCAGGAGGCUUGGUCUCACAUAUCCGAAAUCGCCUCAGAGAUUCUGCAGGAACUGCCAAACUAACCCCGGGCCACAAGAGGGCACUGCCCAGUCACUGUAAUGUUUACAUGCCAAACAUCUUGCCUCUCAGCCGAAUGUGUCUGUGUGCAUGUGUCUCUGUGUGUACAGUAAGUACAUGUGUAAAUGUGUGUGUGCAAGUCUCUGAAAGGUGGCCUAUAUGUCCAGUCACCCUCUUGUUUGUGGUGUAAAAUGCAGGUGAAUUUUGUCUAGAUUGCUUCCACUUCGAUUUGCUUAAUUUGAGGAUUUAUUAUUCAGCCCAGUUCAACACUGAUAGUGUCAGAGUUUUAAAUGAAGAGAUAUGACUGCACUUUGAAUCCAUGUACUGACACCCCCAUGGCUUCCCGCUUAUCUGACCAUCUGUACCUAUAAUAGUGGGCUGUAGCCUGGUUGAUGGAUUGCAGUUGGAUUCACUGCAGCAUGUGAUUCUUGUCAAACUGAAUUUCUGUCUGUGCCUGAUGAAGGUUGUGAGUACUGACAGCCCAGAAUAAUCACUUCCCCUCAGGGUUUGUGUGUAGCCAACACUGAACACCUCUACCGUUCUUCUGUAGCUUUCUUUCUAUUUAAUCCUUCAAUCUGCUACACUUUCCCACCUCAAAUGGAUAUGACCUUGUGACCCUGUCAGGAAAGAGGAGAGGGAUAUGACCCUGUCAGGGAGAGAGGAGAGGGAUGUAACACUGUCAGGGAGAGAGGAGAGGAAUAUGACCCUGUCAGGGAGAGAGGAGAGGGAUGUGACACUGUCAGGGAGAGAGGAGAAGGAUAUUACCCUGUCAGGAGAGGAGAGGGAUAUGACCCUGUCAGAGAGAGAGGAGAGGGAUAUGACCCUGUCAGGAGAGGAGAGGGAUAUGACCCUGUCAGAAGAGAGGAGAGGGAUAUGACCCUGUCUGGGAGAGAGGAGAGGGAUAUGACCCUGUCAGAAGAGGAGAGAGAUAUGACCCUGUCAGGAGAGCAGAGGGAUAUGACCCUGUCAGGAGAGGAGAGAGAUAUGACCCUGUCAGGAAGGUAGGAGAAAAAAAUAGCAGAUGGGGAUAUGAUCAUGUUAGGGUUAAAAAAGCGAUCUGGCCCUGUCAGUAUCUGUAGCAGAGAGGCUCAAGUAUGGUAACCCCACAUGCACACUGCAUCAGUGUUGUAGCACGUUUAAUCUCUGCAACCAUUUUCUACAACUUUCUACAACAGUGUUAUCGUGUUUUUUUUGUGAAUCAAAAAACCAAAUAGAAGGGAAAAAACACAGCUGGGUGAGAAUAUGCCAAAGUGAUAAACACUGAUUGUUCAGAAAUUCAAAAAGUAUAAAUGCUCGUUGGUCUCUUCAAAAGAUUUAGGUAAUGAGUUUAAAUGCUCAGCAGUACCAGUCCAAGUUUCAGACAGAAUUUAAAAAUGAUGUAUGAGUGCAAAUACUCAUCUUUUCCUUCCUGAGGGAAGACAGACAGACUACAGCAGCAUGCCAUCAUGGAUUCAAACUUGCAAGCUCCUAGCCCAGUUCUCUAAGCACUACACAACACUGCCUUAACGAGCUAGUUUGCCUGUGUCAGUCUAAUCUGGCGACUUCAGGGAUAUUUCUGUAUACAUCUCAUAACAUAAAAUUGAGAUAUAAUUCUCAAUUAUAAACACAGUAAUCAAAAAUAUGAUGCAAUGCUGGGGGAAUACCUCAUGGGAAGUCUAUGGAUUUUGUGUGGGUGAAACAUGUUAAUGCAACUAAUAUGUUGUUUGUUCAGUGUUUUUUCAUCCAUCCAUCAUCUAUACCCGUUUAUCCUGGUCAGGGUCACAAGGGGUGCUGGAGCCUAUCCCUACAUGCAUUGGGAGAGAGGCAGGAAUACACCCACGACAGGCCGCCAAACUAUCGCAAGGCGCACACACCAUUCAUUCACACACUCAUACCUAUGGGCAAUUUAGAGUCUCCAAUUAGCCUAACCUGCAUGUCUUUGGACUGUGGGAGGAAACCGGAGUACAUGGAGGAAACCCACACAGGCACAGGGAGAACAUGCAAACUCCACACAGAAAGGAUUCAAACUCAGGACCUUCUUGCUGGGAGGCGACAAUGCUACCCACUGCAUCACCGUGCUGCCCCCAGUGUUUUUAUUUUCCCAGUAUAUUAAUAGACUUACAUUAAACUACCAGGCAACAGUCCCUGUAAUAAGCUUGUAUAAUCACAAAGUUUUGGGCAUUUAAAAGAUAAUUUUCAUCCUAAAACAUUCCAAAGAUUUGAGCCUCAAGAGAAAUCUAAUUCUUUUUACUGUGGCUGUUGGUCUCAGAGGUAUUUAUCAUACCUGCAAUCUGUCACAAUUAUUUAUUGUGUAUAAUUAUUCAGGUACAGCUUGUAAUAUAAACACAGAUGACUGGCUGGGAAGAGAUGCAACAUUGCAUUAGUCUAAAACUGAGUGAAUUGAGAGUUCUGCAAAUGAAAUCAUUAUGGCAUAUUUAAAGUCAAUUUAUAAGAGGAUCCAUAGUUUAAGAUGGGGGCAUUCUCUAAAACUGAGGUUUCUUCACUCAGGAUGAACCUGGAAAACCUGUCUUACCACCUGUCUGUGCAUUGUAUGUGUGGUGUGCGUAAUGUUGCUGAAUGUGAACCUGGUUAGAUGUUUGUUAGUGUGCAAUUCGUUCUCUAUAUUUAUUAGUUUCCUCAUGGUGAAAGAGCUUGCUUACACUUGACUGAAUAAAUGUGCUCUCAGUCCA